AUGAACAGCUCAGGCGAAGGUGGUGGGGCCGCACCAGAAGGUCACGAGAGUGGCGGAGCUAGCGGUGGAAGUAGUGAAGUUGGCGGCGGUGCCACCUCGAUUCCUGGUGGGUUCAGUGAAGAAGAUAAGGCAGCCGCGGCUGCAAGAAUGGAUGAGAAUGAGAGGAGUGUCGGUGGGAACCGGUGGCCAAGGCAAGAAACAAUGGCUCUGAUUAAAAUUAGGUCUGAUAUGGCCGUUACUUUUCGAGAUUCAAGUCUCAAAGGUCCAUUAUGGGAAGAAGUUUCCAGAAAAAUGGCGGAGCUUGGAUUUGAACGAACAGCCAAGAAAUGCAAAGAGAAAUUCGAGAACUUGUACAAGUAUCACAAGAGAACAAAAGAAGGCCGAGCUGCGAAACCAGACGGCAAGACUUAUCGGUUUUUCGAUCAAUUAGAGGCUUUGGAAAGCAAUGCUCCACAACCUGUAUUGGCGCGGCCUCAGCCUCAGCCUCUGAGUAUCGUGGCGCCACCACCAAUGUCGGGCAAUACUAAUCCUCCAAUGCUGGCCGUUUCAAUGUCAAGUCCAAAUCCAGUAAAUGUAGCACAAAAUCCUGUAGCAGCUGCUGCUGCACAAGGUGCAAAUAAUUCUACUUUAUUUCACCCAUUGCAACCACCACCACCGCAGCCAGCACUGCCACCACCAACAAUGAGCACCACCACUACUACUACAUAUCCUCCUCAAAGCCAUACUUUUCAGCCUUCUAAUGUAGUAUUCUCAAAUUCUUCUUCUUCUUCGACUUCGUCGGAUGAGGAUAUACAAAGGCGACGUGGGAGGAAGAGAAAAUGGAAGGAUUUCUUCGAGAGGCUGAUGAAGGAUGUGAUCGACAAGCAAGAAGAACUUCAGAGGAAAUUCUUAGAAACUUUGGAGAAACGAGAGCGCGAACGAAUGGCGAAGGAAGAGGCUUGGAGGAUGCAAGAAAUGACAAGAUUGAAUCGGGAGCAUGAUCUUUUAGUCCAAGAAAGAUCAAUUGCAGCAGCAAAAGAUGCAGCAGUCAUUCAAUUCUUGCAGAAAAUAACUGAGCAACAAACUUUGCUAAUUCCAGUCAGUAAUGCUAAUGAACCUCAGAUGCGUAUGCCAAUGCCAAUGCAGGUACAAGUACCCGAAAAUCCCCCGCCACCACAACAAACGACAGCGCCGUCACCAGCACCAGCACCAGCACCAACACCAACACGACCUCCAGCUCCAACACUUGCACCGGUGGUUGUGACGCCGACUAAAGUUUUGGAUACUCCAACAGCUGAUAACAAUGGUGGUGAAAAUUUUAUUCCGGCGAGUUCUUCCCGGUGGCCUAAAGCUGAAGUUCAAGCAUUGAUUGAUCUUCGAACAAGUCUUGAUCUAAAGUACCAAGAAAAUGGACCGAAAGGGCCUCUCUGGGAGGAAAUAUCAGCUUCCAUGGCGAAGCUUGGAUACAAUCGAAAUCCAAAAAGAUGCAAAGAGAAAUGGGAGAACAUCAACAAGUACUUCAAGAAAGUUAAAGAGAGUAGCAAGAAGAGACCUGAGGAUUCCAAAACAUGCCCAUAUUUCCACCAACUCGAUGCUUUAUACAGAGAAAGAGCCAAGAAUGAUGCUUCAUCUAAUCCUGGAUUCAUAAUGAAGCCUGAUCAAAAUCCAAUGAUGCCCAUAAUGGCCCGGCCCGAACAGCAGUGGCCUCUUCCCCAGGGCCAGUAUCUGCACCAGCACCAAGAAUCUGCACCAGACGAUAAUGGGAGCGAGAAUGUCGACGAAAACGAUGAUGAUGAGGAGGAGGACGAGGACGAAGAUGAAGGUGGGAAUUACGAGAUUGUCACAAACAAGCAGCAGUCUUCAACAACAAACACAAACACAAUUGCGUGA